CUGUGAUCGAUUCACUUACGCAGUUAUAGCUUAGCCACGAGCUCCUCUUGAGAAAGAUUUCCUCUCUAAUUUUCCACAUUUUGUCAACAGCCUCGAUCGAGUCGCUCCACGCGCCGACAGGGGGCGGUGUGGAGCUACCGUGUGACGUCACACCAGCUCUCCCGGAUGACCGCAUGGGGCUCGUUAUAUGGUACAAGCAGGGGCACGAGUCGCCGAUAUAUACAUUGGACACUCGAGAAGGCGUGACGUCACACUGGGCGGACUCUACCCUGGGAGUGAGGGCCACCUUCAGGAGCGACACCAGACCUGCUGUGCUGGUUCUCACUAAGUUAAGACCAGAAGACAGCGGCCAGUACAGAUGUCGCGUGGAUUUCAUCAAGUCACCUACGAAGAACACACGACUCAACCUCACAGUACUGAUACCACCAGAGCGACUGAUAAUCCUCAACCACGAAGGUAACGAGAUUCGAGGAGGCGUCCUAGGACCUUAUGAUGAAGGGACAGAAGUCAACCUUACUUGUAUAGCUGUUGGAGGUCGUCCAACUGCUCGUGUGUCCUGGUGGAAGUCCCACGCUCUUUUGGCGAACUCCGAAGCGAGGGCUACCGUCUCCUUCAGACUCCAGAGAUCUGACUUCGGUACUGACGUCACAUGCCAGGCGGUAACCGAUCCGUUGAUAGCUCCCGUCUCGGAGAACAUAUCCAUCGACGUCAAUCUACGACCGCUAUGGGUGCGUCUCCAAGGCGGCAAGCGACCUCUGGUGGCGGGACAGAGCACUGAGCUGGUCUGCCAGGCUGUGGGGGCCAGACCUAAGCCGACGAUAUCCUGGUGGAAGGGAGGCACCAGGCUGAAGACUGUUAGAGAAACUACGUCAACGGAUGGCAACGUAACCAGCAGUAUCCUGACCUUCGUGCCAAGUAUAGAGGACGCCGGCAGGGUGCUGUCCUGCAGGGCUGUGCAGCCAAGUCUGCCGCACUCCACACACGAAGACGGCUGGAAGAUGGAAAUACAACAUCUACCGGUAGCAAAGUUGGAGCUUGGCGCCAACCUGGACGCCAGCAAAGUUGUGGAAGGGUCUGACGUCUACCUAGACUGCAGAGUACGAGCAAACCCGUGGCACAAUCAUGUGUAUUUUACGCAUAAUGGUGUUAUAGUGAAGCCUGGACAAGGAGUACUCCUGGCCAAUCAGAGUCUGGUACUGCAGAGGGUGUCCAGGAAGGCUGCUGGUGCUUACGUGUGCUCUGCCAGGAACAGUCUCGGAGAAGGAUCCAGUGAAAGCCUCAUUCUUGAUGUCAAAUUCGUGCCAACUUGCCAGUCAACAUCACCGAUAGUGGUGAGAGCGGCGCGAGGUGAAGUGAUCGACAUCGAUUGUGAACUGGAUGCUAACCCUAAGGAGCCGAUGUCUUACCACUGGUGGUUCAACAGCUCAGCUCACAGCAAACACGAACUGACAACAUCUCCAAUGACGACUGUACCUAACAUGCCAGGCACAUACAUUUACAUGGUGAACACUUCAUCAGACUACGGUUGGGUCCAAUGUUCUGGCACGAACUCCGUCGGUCGGCAGACCAAACCCUGCUUAUUUCAUAUCUUGCCAGCCGACAAGCCGUCAUCACCCAAAUCCUGCGAGAUCACUAACGUGACCUAUGACUCUUUGACCUUGAACUGCACUCCAGGACAUGACGGCGGCAUCCGACAGUCUUUUCUGCUAGAAAUCUUCGACAUGGCGACUGGUCUUCUCCUCCGCAACGUGACAAGUGAUGACCCUGAGUUCGAAGUCUCAGGGUUGUCAGCCAGCAACUCUCUCGCCGUCUCAGUGAGGGCUUUCAACAGAAAAGGCUUUAGCGAAGCCCUGACCCUCACUUCCAGCUUGCUGAAAUAUCCUCAAAGACAUACAGUUUUGCCCACAGCUCAAGUGCCAGUCAAGGUGGAGUUGACGACAGUACUGAUAAUAGUACUGGGGGCUGUCGGUGUAAUCGCGGCCAUGACAGGCGUAUCAGCUGUCAUCUUCUGCUGCAAAUACUGUAAAAGAGAGAAUAAGCAUGAAAAAGAUAAAAGGCAGCAAGAUGAGACAUCAAACAUACCGCUUACUGGUACAAAGGAAUCGGAGAGCGUCGAUAGUUUGGAUAAAAACCCUGAUAUAAUACCGCUAGACGGGAAAAUAAGCGACAGCUGUUCAAAUAAAUCUUCUACAACCGACUACAGUUCCAUACGACCGCUCAUAUCGAAGACGACAGAUAAAUACGACAUGUCUACGAAUUGCGACCGAUUUUACGAUCACAACAUCGAUCCCUGCAACCAAUAUAUUCAAGUAAGGCCAAUGGAAUACAGAAGGCCAACGUACGCGGCGACUUUACAGAUGCCCAACCUUGGCCCCAGUAUACAAAGUCUUGGGCCAAUGAGUAGCUUGCAUAUGCCAAAUGUUGGACCCAAUGAUUGUCAUAGACAGCCUUAUGAUAAGGUUUAUGAGGAUUGGCUGAAGUAUAAGAAUGCUUUGCCGUUGAAUACUAGUGGUUUGCUACCAGCUGAACAGCUGUUACCACCGGAGCUCUACGCGACGCCUCCCCCUCCAUCCCUCUACAGCAACCCAAACAGAAAUCCAUUAAAUCUGACUCAAAUGCCAGAACUAGAGCCUAGAUACCACCUGGAACCCAGGUCCUUAGCAAUGGACUCCAGAAGUUGUUCAAACUCGCCCCCAGUGAGAUUCAACCCAGAAAACAAUAGUGUCUAUUUCAGUAAAAGCGUAUUGGACAGAACAACUAAUACUCUGCCUCAUUUGAAGCCCAGAAUAAAUGGUAACUCGCCAACGCAGAUGCCAAGUGAGCCGAAAUGUGUGACAAAAACCAAUGACCCAAACUUAGAACACAAAGUUACAAAAGAGUGUGAUUGAAAAAAGUAUUGAAAUAAAUACUCAAUCUAGACUUAGACUGAGACUUAGGACUCAAGUUACAGGCUAGAUGUGCAGCCUAAAGACUACUAGUGUUAAAAAUGUAAAGUGUAUAUUUAAUGUGAUAAAAAUUCGGUAAAAGUCGUUUUGGACCCGUCCGUCAUUUCUUUUUGAUAAUUUCAUUUCAUUUUUGUCUAAAUACAUUCGAAAUACAACA